UGAUAAAGCAUUAAAAAGUGCUGUACAAAAAUCAUGAAACUCAAAUACAUCUGGCCUCUGAGUUGCUAUAAUUUAUGCUCUACUCGAGAGAGAGAGAGAGUCCAGAUUUCAGAGCAGAUUAUAAAAGACAGACAGCGAGAGAUGGAGGGUCUGAGCCGGAGCAUAGGGUGGUCCGCGGCGGCGUUUGUUUUGACAUGCGCAGUGCUGGUGAUGAUGCCGGCGGAGGUGUCUGCAGUGCGUUACAUCGUCGGAGCUAACAUGGGGUGGAAUUCAAAUGUGAACUACACCAUUUGGGCUCAAGGCAAACAUUUCUAUCUCGGCGAUUGGCUCUUCUUCGUGUAUGAUAGGAACCAGAUGAAUGUGCUUGAGGUAAACAAGACAGAUUACGAGAAUUGCACUUCUGAUCAUCCCAUUCACAAUUGGACCACCGGUGCUGGAAGGGAUGUGGUUCCUCUCAAUGUUACAAAAACUUAUUAUUUCAUCAGCGGAAAAGGAUUCUGCUAUGGAGGCAUGAAAGUAGCAAUUCACGUUGAAAAACUACCGCCCCCACCAUCGUCUUUGCCGGAAAGGAGUGGUUCUCCGGGUUUGCUAUCUACUUUUAGAGGGCAGAUUUUCGUGCCGACUCUUUUUGCCAUUGCUGCUGUAUGGGACUCGUUUCUCUACCUCGGAUAGCAGUUUCUUGCCAUCUUUCAUGAGAUAUCGGCAUAUUUGAUCGUUUGAACAAUUACUUAAACCCAAUGGUGAAGAAAUAUUGAGGAGUGUCUUAUUUGUUUAUCGGUUUUCUUCUUUUCUUGUUCAUCUUUCGUGGUUUGAUUUUGACCCGAAAGAUAAAACAGUUAUUCAGCUCAAAAUUGGUCGAUUGCGGCAAGUGUUUAAAGCUAUUUAUUCUACCAAUUUCAAGAAACUCUUUAUUUGAGAA